CGUAGCGUAGAGGCUGUGCUGUGCAGGGGUGCAUGCAUAGUGCACGCGCGGGGCGCGGGGCGCUCCGGCCGCGCGGACCGGCCUCCCGUCAUUCGUGCCGCACCCGCCGAACGAGCGAGACGCGCGUUUCGUUAGAUUGUGUCGCGAAGUUCGCCACUCCCGUGAGACGGCGUGUGUUGUGACUGACUAUAAACUUUGUGGUGUAAAAAUAAAGCCGGCGACAGACGGCGGCGUCCCGGGUUAUAUUUAAAUGAUAGCGCGGACUCGGGGCCGGGCUCGCCUCCACUCGUCGACGACAUGAGGCUAAGCCGGGGCAUAGUCUGCGAGUGCGCGGGCGCGAGCGCGUGCCCGGACGGCUCCAACAACGGCACGUGCACCACCCAGGUCAACGGUUACUGCUUCGCCACCGUCGAGGAGGUGGAGACGGACGCCGGGCUGGUCGAGCUCGAGCGCACCGCCGGCUGCCUGCCGCCCGACGAGUCGGGGUUCAUGCAAUGUAAAAGCUCACAAGUGCCGCACAGGCACCCGAAGGUCAUCGAGUGCUGCAACGAGAGCGACCUGUGCAACAGGCGGCUACAGCCGCGGCUGCCCACGUACGCGUCGGGCACGGAGCCGCCCGGGCUGGAGCCGACGACGGGCCCGCAGCCGUCGCUGCUGGUGGCGGCCGCGCUGUGCGUGGCGCUGGUGGCGUUCCUGGCCGCCGCGCUGCUGCUGUGCCGCCGCCGCCGCCGCGCCGGCAAGCGCCCGCCCUCGCCGCCCGCCGCGCUCGCCGCCGAGAUCAGCUCCGGCUCCGGCUCCGGCCUGCCGCUGCUCGUGCAGCGCACCGUCGCCAAGCAGAUCCAGAUGGUCGAGUCCAUCGGCAAGGGCCGCUACGGCGAGGUGUGGCUCGCGCGCUGGCGCGGCGAGCGCGUCGCCGUCAAAGUCUUCUUCACCACCGAGGAGGCCUCCUGGUUCCGGGAGACCGAAAUAUAUCAAACCGUGCUGAUGCGCCACGAGAACAUCCUCGGCUUCAUCGCCGCGGACAUCAAAGGGACCGGCUCCUGGACUCAGAUGUUGCUCAUAACGGACUACCACGAGCGCGGCUCGCUGCACGACUACCUCCAGACGGCGGUGCUCGACCCGCCGGCGCUGCUCACGAUGGCCUACAGCGUAGUCGCCGGCCUGGCGCACCUCCACAUGGACAUCUUCGGCACCAAGGGCAAGCCGGCGAUCGCGCACCGCGACAUCAAGUCGAAGAACAUCCUCGUGAAGCGUAACGGCCAGUGCGCCAUCGCGGACUUCGGCCUCGCGGUCCGCUUCGUCGCCGAGCGCGACGAGGUCGACAUCGCGCCCAACACGCGCGUCGGCACGAGGCGGUACAUGGCGCCGGAGGUGCUCGCCGAGACGCUGCAGGUGACGGAUUUCGAGGCGUUCAAAAUGGCCGACAUGUACUCGCUGGGGUUGGUCCUGUGGGAGAUGUGCAGGCGGUGUGCGGCGGGCGACAGGGCGCAGCAGGUGGAGCCCUACGCGCUGCCGUACCACGACGUGGUGCCGUCGGACCCCAGCUUCGACGACAUGCAUGCGGUGGUGGUGGUGAAGGGCAUGCGGCCGCCCAUCCCCUCCCGCUGGGCGCGGACGCCGGCGCUGGCCGCGCUGGCGGCGCUGAUGGCGGAGUGCUGGCACCACAACCCGCCCGUGCGGCUCACCGCGCUCCGCGUCAAGAAAACACUCGCUAAAUUCCACGCGGACUGUGACGUCAAACUCGUGUGAUUGUGAACGCGGACUAUACGAGAGACGCCCCGAAGUGACCAUUAGUGUCGGCCGACUGUGUCGUGUUACGUGUUGAGUUCCUCAGUUCUAUUUAUUUUUAAUUCGCGUCGCCGAACUGACCACCGUCUUUAAUCUCAGUAUUGUUAAGUUUUGAAGCGGCUCAUAUACCAGUGACUGGAGCGUCGAGCCAGAAUCUCUGUACAUACGACUGGAUGUAGUUCCGUAUUUAGUUUCGUUUUAUUACCUGUUGCGUUCUCGCCGAUACCGUCUCUUCUACGCUGUAGAAAACGGAAAGAGACAGCGUGUUUCUUAUCUAAAUGUAUAAAAUAUUUUAUGGUAUCGACGAUAAUGUAAUGCGUCUUAGUUAUCCACGAAGGAAAAAUGAUGCGAAUUCGUUGUCUUCCGUUAUUGUAAGCGAUGCCACAGAACAAAUUAUACAAAACCUCUAUAACAGCGGUCACUAAUUUCAACAUGUAAUUAACUGGACUCGUUAUAAUAUAUACAUUGUAAAUAGUAUAUUGUAUAAUUUAUUCUGUGGUUAUUAUUGGCGUGCUAUACGAUCAAGAUAGCGAUAGUUCAAGACUGUGGAUCAGGUAAACCCCUGAUCUCAUGUUGACCACUAUCAAUCCAUUGGUCGUAUAAACGUCUAUCGACCACAUUCUGAAACGUAUAAUUGAUGUAUCAGUAUCAUACCUAACACUCGCUUUAAAGUUGAGCUAAA